UUUCAUUUGAUAUACACAAAUUACAUUCCUCUUUCAUUUUAUUGUAUAAACCAAAAAAAAACAAUCACAUAAUGGUUAUGGGAGCCUUAGUUCUCUUGCUAUUUCCCCUGUUUAUACUACCUAUCUAUGCAAACAAUGAUCUCGACUAUUUUUAUGACAACCUAAAUGCCAAGUUUGCAUCAACUUCUCGGAAUUCCGGUGAAGACGACGUCGUGAAUCCACUUUAUCACAUUCUCGGCGACAAGCUCAAGUACGAGGAAUCAGUUCGCCCCGAGGAAAUCAACGAGCUUUACCGCCUCAUGAACAUCAAAGGCAACAUAAGUUCUUGGAGCUUAGAGAACGGUCAUCAAGUAAAUCUCGAUUUCAUAAACCUUACAAUAUUUCACAAGUACGAUGAUGUUAAAAUUGGGAAUAAGAUGCCUUUAUAUUUUACAAACCAAGGGCCUCCUUCAUCAAGGCUAAUGAAAAAUCAACACCCAAAUUUAAAUAUGGUGAGAUUUAACCCAAAUUCAAAGUCAUGUAAAAAGCCUAAGGAGGGUUCAGGAGAGGAAAGAUCGUGUGUUGAAUCUUUGGAAGAAAUGAGAAACUUUGUGGUUGGGUUGAUGGGUGAAAAUGUAAAGCCGAUCUCAACUCCUGCUGGGAAAUGGCAAAUGUAUACAGUAUCAGGGGUAGCGAGGACUAUAAAAUAUCAAGUAACAGGAUGUCAUAAACAAGAUUAUCUUCCUUUUGCUGUUUAUGGAUGCCAUUAUAUACCGAAAAGUCAGGUUCGUGUGGUGCCUCUUGUUGGAGAAGAUGGAACUAAAUUGGAGGCGGUCUCUAUUUGUCAUAUGGAUACAUCUAAAUGGAAUGGUAAUCACCUUCUGUUUAUGCUUUUGAAGGCUAAACCAGGUCCUCCAAUAUGUCAUUUUAUUGCUACCGAUGAUAUAAUGUGGGUUACCAAAUAGUUAACAUAGUUGAAUUAUAUAUUCAGAGAUGUAACGAUUUGCCAUGUGAUGUCUAGUCUAUGUAAUGUUUCUCUUCACUUUAAUAAAUGAAUUAAGUUUCCUUGGCUACAA